UAUAAAUCACAAUUCAUAAUUUCUUUAAAGAACAGUAAUGACAGGUGUUGAUUCAUCAGAGGGGAAGGGGAAAACCCUGAGUGUUGUUGACAGUUAAUUUCACUGUCGACAGGUGUUAACCUUAUACAAGUCCUCUAGCAGACAGUGUAGUUAGAUGCCAGAGGGCCCAGGUACAUAUAUACAUGUAUUUGUUAGGUUUACACACCAUAUCAUACAAAUUGGAAAUAAAAUAAAUCUUAUAUUUUGUUACAGAUACCAUGAUGUAAUAAAUGUUUUUAAAACCUGAGUUCAUCUUAGAUGACUGUCUUUUGUACCUCUGGGGUAAACCAUUUUAACUCUACAGGUAGUGAGAUAUAGUAUCGGGAUACACACAGGUAUGUCUGUCUGACUUUGUCAUCUGUCAGAGACACUACUUAAAAUAAAAUUGGCCCAUUAAAGCUGAUUCAAUGCAGUAACAAGCAUGGAAGGCUGUUACACUGAUGUCAGACUAUGUCAAAUACAUAACACCAGCUAUACAGGUAUUCCUGUACAGCUAUACAGGUAUUCGUGUAUAUAACUUACUGUGGACAUCGGUCAGUUUGUCAGUGUAAUGGUCAGUGAUCAUGAUGGUUGGAUUUAUUUGAUUUCACUGUGAUAAUACAUUGUAAAGAGGAAGGAAGAUAAAAUCGACAGACAGAUCAUAAACAGAUUGUGUACAGGUCAGGGAUCAAACAUCAAGUGUAUUUCUCAGCCAUCACACACGGUAAUUUAUAGAAUGAAAAAACACAAACACUGGUUAAUCCCUGGAUCAGUACAGCCCUAGGAAGGAAGUGUAAGCCAAGUUUAACUGUUAUGGUUAUUGUACGGAUUACGACUGAACCCUGACUUGGAAUUAUGAUAUGCUUAAGUGUCAGACCAAACUGUACACUUGCCAUUUAGUAGGUCAGACAUUCCUAUCAAAAUGACAACAAAUGGACACCUCGAUAUAGAUGUCAUUGAAGAAGAACAAGAUUCAGAUUUAGAAAAAAACAUAUUGUCUGUUGAGAUUGGAGUUGCUCGAUUAGAAAGUUCAUUCUCAGAGGAUCUGAAGUGUGUUCAAGUCACAGACAGUUUCUCAUCAUUGACUAUGUCAAAUGAAGAAUCUGACAGUGAAAUGGAUGGUACAAAAUAUGGAGUUGAUCAGGAAAGUAAUGGUGGAAUAGAUAUCAAUACUCAGUCAAAUCUAGUAGAUAUUACCGACUCAGAUAAUGACAUCAGUGAUUACAUGACAAAACAAACGAAUGAUGAUACAAAAUAUGGUCACAUGACUCAACAUUCGACUGCACAUAAUGAGGAUGGGGAAACUUAUGAUCACAUGACUGAAAACAUGGAGGAAGGAAAUAAUUACAGUCACAUGACUGCAAACAUGGAGGAUGGAAAUAAUUACAGUCACAUGACUACAAGCAUGGAGGAUGACGAGAAUGGUAAUGAGAUGGAAGAGGAUGUUGAUAGUCCUGGUAUAUCAAUGGUAACAUACACGUCCACAUCUUUUAUAUGUCUGUCUCCGGUGUCACCACAAUCACCGCCCAUUUCUGUCUUCUCCUAUAACGAAGACAAUGAUGAUCGUUACGAUGUAAGUAUGGGUGUAAAAGAUGUGGACUGGAUGUGUAAAAGUUAAAACAUUGUAGUACACAUACUCACUGUAAUCCAUCUGUUUUUUACUCAUGAUGUUUGUGUUGUUGUAUGUGGAAGUCAUUUACUCUUGUUGGUGUUCAAAUGUCUUAAUUUUUUUGUUAUCUAAAUCUGUUAGCUAAUUA